AUGCAAAUCAAUCCUUCUAGUUCUAGUCUUGGAGUUUCUGCGCUUGAAAAAAAGAAACUGGGACAUAUCACUCAAAUAAUUGGACCCGUUCUAGACAUAACCUUUCCCCCUCGCAAGAUGCCGAAUAUUUACAACGCUCUGGUAGUUAAGGGUCGAGAUACUUUCGGUCAAGAAAUUCAUGUGACUUGUGAAGUCCAACAAUUAUUAGGAAAUAAUCGAGUUCGAGCUGUAGCUAUGAGUGCUACAGAGGGUCUAAGGAGGGGAAUGGAGGUGAUUGACACGGGAGGUCCUCUAAGUGUUCCAGUCGGUGGGGCGACUCUCGGACGAAUUUUCAACGUCCUUGGAGAACCUAUUGAUAAUUUAGGCCUUGUAGAUACUCGUACAACAUCCCCUAUUCAUAGAUCCCCACCCGCGUUUAUACAGUUAGAUACAAGAUUAUCUAUUUUUGAAACAGGAAUUAAAGUAGUAGAUCUUUUAGCCCCUUAUCGCAGGGGAGGUAAAAUUGGACUCUUCGGGGGGGCUGGAGUAGGUAAAACAGUUCUAAUUAUGGAAUUAAUCAACAACAUUGCAAAAGCCCACGGGGGGGUAUCCGUAUUUGGAGGAGUCGGUGAACGUACUCGUGAAGGAAAUGAUCUUUAUAAGGAAAUGAGGGACUCUGGAGUCAUUAAUAAAGAAAAUAUUGCACAAUCAAAAGUAGCUCUAGUCUAUGGGCAGAUGAAUGAACCACCAGGAGCUCGUAUGAGAGUUGGUUUGACUGCGCUAACUAUGGCGGAAUAUUUCCGAGAUGUUAAUAAACAAGACGUGCUUCUAUUUAUCGACAAUAUCUUCCGUUUUGUCCAAGCAGGAUCCGAGGUAUCCGCCUUAUUGGGCAGAAUGCCUUCCGCUGUGGGUUAUCAACCCACCCUCAGUACUGAAAUGGGUUCUUUACAAGAAAGAAUUACUUCCACAAAAGAGGGGGCCAUAACUUCUAUUCAAGCAGUUUAUGUACCUGCAGAUGAUUUGACGGACCCCGCUCCUGCCACGACAUUUGCACAUUUAGAUGCUACUACAGUACUAUCAAGAGGAUUAGCCGCUAAAGGUAUCUAUCCCGCAGUUGAUCCUUUAGAUUCAACGUCAACUAUGCUCCAACCUAAAAUCGUUAGCGACGCACAUUAUAAAACUGCGCAAACAGUUAAGGAAACUUUACAACGUUACAAAGAACUUCAGGACAUUAUAUCUAUUCUUGGAUUGGACGAAUUAUCCGAAGAAGAUCGAUUAACUGUAGCAAGAGCAAGAAAAAUAGAGCGUUUCUUAUCACAACCCUUUUUCGUAGCAGAAAUAUUUACAGGUUCCCCGGGGAAAUAUGUCGCUCUCGCAGAGACGAUUAGAGGGUUUCAAUUAAUCCUUGCCGGAGAAUUGGAUAGUCUUCCCGAACAAGCCUUUUAUUUAGUAGGUAACAUUGAUGAAGCUACCGCGAAGGCUACGAACUUAGAAAUGGAAAACAACUUGAAGAAAUGA